AUGGACAAAUGGACAACACGGACCGACACUAACGAACUGAGGAAGUUAGGAACUUCCUCAGAGGACGAACUCUUGGCCUCCAGCCAAGAGACGGUUGAUGGCAAAGCUGGCCACAGCACGCCAUCAACCCUAAAUCAACCAUCCACAUCCGCUGAUGCCAAGGGGCAAAAGCGCCAAAACGCUAAAAAAGGCCCGUCCAGGUAUAAGCUUUACCAGAGGUCUCUGACUAUUCUCGAAAGAAUAAAAAAAAAUGAGGCUGAAGGGAAAACUCAUCCAAAGGACGCGGCCGAUAAGGCAAGGUGCCAAAAGGUGGUCGAUGAGUACCUGGCGUUCCAGGCCACCCAGAAGGCAGAAGCCGUGAAACGCAAUCGUUCGCAGGACGAAAGCGACAAACCAACGAAGAAGCACAAAGUGUCGGUCCACACAGCUUCAAUACCAAAACCAACCAAACGCUCAUUUAAUGAGGUGGCACGGGAUCACCUGCAAAUAGCGUUGGUUGACGAAAUAUCUAACCGCGGUAAACCUGCAUCGGAUAAGUGGUCCGAAAUCGAGGCACGGUUGUCCCGCAUUGUCGUCGAUCACGUCAUGGCAAACCCGGAGGGUCAUGUGCCAGGAUUUGAUUCAAUGGAGUCAUUGAUUAUAAUGCGAGACAAAGCGUCCGCAACGUGA